AUGGGGAAUCUGUGUUCGAAAUCGGCCAAUCAACCUGACAAUUUCGCCACCCCAGGUCAUACUGUUGGGUCGAGCACCCAGCCCAGACAGACUUCGGCGCCUGUUCCGCAGAAGAUCACAAGCAGCACUCCAGGUCGACCUCUUGGUGGAGGAGAUGGGGCCUCGAGUGCUGACGAUGCCAGAAGUGCUGCCGCCCGAGCAGCCGAGGAGCGCGCCGCGAGGGCAAACAAGCCCGGCGGGAAACUUUCCAGCCAGUUAUCGGCACAGAAAAAGCAGACCCAGAAUCAACUUCUAAACUCGGGCUCUGAGGCUGAGCGUAGAGCGCGAGACGCCGACCAGGGUGCAGAAGCUCGAAACUGGAACUGA